UACUCAUCAAACUCUAUAAAUACCCUCCUAUUUUCCUUCCUCUUUUUUCCCUUCUUUCCUUCUUCCUCUCUCAUUUACUCUCUCUCUCCAGGGCUUUUUCUCUCCCUUCCCUCAUUUGCCUGCCGUAGUUUUUUAAGAAUAAGCAAAGCGUGCAGUUAGUUUCUUUUGCUGGUUACAAAGGAUACAUUGACCAGGACAAUUGGGAGUUUCAACAAAUAAUGCUUUAUUGCUUUGUAUAGAUGCAAUAUAACUCUGGAGAUGAGAGGGUUGGUAUUACAUACUUGAUGGACUUCUCUCCAAGUAGCAGUGACAAAAAAACAUUGAAGAGGUGGUUUUUCAUUGACAAGAGGGUUGGUUAGAGGUUUUCUCAGUUCUUCAUAUAUCUUCCAAAAAAGACGCCGUCAAAUAUUAACAGCUUAUUAUAGUUAUCCUUGGAAGUUUUCUUCAUUCUAUGGAUUUGAAAACAACCAAAGCAUCCCCUGUCCUUGCCGAUCCUUCAGCUCCUAUAAGCAAGUCCAGACUAGGCAUGCAUUCUAGUCUGAUGCCUUAUUCGCAGACGGGAACAUCAUUUCCUUCGACCAUACUGACUAUACCAAGAAAGAAACCGGCAAAGCUUGAUGAUGUUGGUUCCAAUGGUUGGCUUGAAGCUAUGAAGUCAUCGUCACCUCCUCGCAAGAAGAUACUAAAAGAUCCCUUUGCUGGGGUUUCUUCAGAUGAUGGCGAGUGUGCCUACCACUCAUGGAAGCUGAAGUUCCCGUCUGCCCUUUUCUCUUUUGAGAAAAUUGUAGACUAUGCCAGAGAUAAGAAGAUAGUUAUGUUUCUAGAUUAUGAUGGUACACUCUCUCCUAUAGUAGAUGACCCUGAUCGUGCUUUCAUGUCUGCUGAUAUGCGUUGUGCUGUUAAGAAUGUUGCAAAGCAUUUUCCAACAGCAAUUAUAAGCGGAAGAAGGCGUGACAUGGUCUCUGAGUUGGUAGGACUAACAGAACUCUACUACGCUGGUAGUCAUGGUUUGGACAUUAAAUUCCCUGUUAGAGACAUACUUACAGCAUCCAUCGACCAUCCAAAUAUGGAAAAAUUCUCUGACCAGCAGGACAAGGAGGUUAAUCUCUUCCAGCCUGCUAGAGAGUUUUUGCCCAUGAUUGAUGAGGUUUUUAGAACCCUUGUCAAAAUUACUAGUGACAUAACUGGUGCAUUAGUUGAGAAUCACAAAUUUUGUGCAUCUGUACACUAUCGUAACGUAGAUGAGAAGAGUUGGGCGACAGUUGCACAGCGUGUGCAUGAUGUAUUAAAAGAUUACCCUCGGUUACGAUUAACUCACGGGCGGAAGGUAUUAGAAGUUCGCCCUGUGAUUGACUGGAAUAAAGGGAAAGCUGUUGAGUUUUUGCUUGAAUCAAUGAAUCUCGGUAACAGUGAAGAAGUGCUUCCUAUAUACAUUGGAGAUGACAGGACGGAUGAAGAUGCAUUCAAGGUAUUAAGACAAGGUAACAGGGGUUAUGGCAUUCUUGUCUCUUCUGUUCCAAAAGAGAGCAACGCCUUCUUCUCGCUCAAGGAUACUGAGGAGGUGAAGAAAUUCCUCAAGUCCCUUGUGCGGUGGAAGGAGAAGAGUAUGUUGUAGGUGUGUUGUCGUGUUGAUGCAAUGGAAGGAAAGUUGGCUACGAGAUAAUGUUAGGAUAGUUGCAGAAUAAUAGAUGUGCUUAUUUUGUUAGUUCUAUAAUAAAGCAGUAAAGUCUUUGAAACUUUCCUUGUGAACUGCUUGGAUUGUUUUAAUCUAUCAGAUGAAUUUGGAAGAUAAGUUGUACUUUCUAGUUUCUAUAGAUGAAUCUGCUUUAAGUCUUUUA